AUCCAACUAUAAUGACAAUGAGCUAAGCAAAGGUAACAAAUUCAACAAGGUCAGAGAAACGGCCACCCAACCAUAUUCCACCUCUGUAAAGAAACCCAAAACACAUGUCGAAAAACAGAAAACUAGCAUGAUUUCAAUUAACACCGGCAACAUACCAACAGAAAUGACAGAAACUACUUCUCCACAAGAAUCAAACGAUAGAGCCCCCAGCGAAAACUGGACGGAAAUGACGGAAAACGAGAACACCAACCAGGAAAGUGACAGGGAACCCGCAAGAUCAGACGAAUUCGACACUGACAUAGACAGCGAAUCAGAACUGGGCAGAGAAACGGACGGCACAGGCUGGUCCAUG